ACCCGUAGGCAGCAACGCGCAUGUUAAAAAAGAACGACGUCCGCCUUCUAGUGUACGCCAGCGAGGCGUUCCCAUCACUCUACCCCUCUCAGCAACCUACCUACAACAGUAUAUUUUUCUCCUCCACAUUCAAUUCUCUCCCGCCAAAACCCGAGGCGAAUUCCAGGACUGCUCCGCCUUACGCGGCCGAUCAAUCGGCGCCGUUCGAGAUGUACUCAUCUCAGAGAGAGAACACGAGCACGAGCACGAACUCCAAAUCGAGUAAUCGCUCGAAGAACAGAGUAGUAGACGUUGCGGAUAUCUUGCCCUCGUACUUCCCCGACGUUGAUUUUUACACCGCUGACUCGAAGCCGAAGAUCAAGUUCACAAACGAGCUUGUUGCCUUCUUGUCUACUCCAACUGGACAAAAUUUAGUCUCUCAGGUGAAGGAUGACAAUGAGAUAUACUUUUUGUCGCUAGACUUCCAGCAGUUUCGGAAAAUAUGGGAACUCAAGGAAUUUUAUGCAGUUUUGGAGGAAAAACCUAAGGAAGCUUUGUUAUGCAUGGGUGCUGCAGUUCAUAAGGUUCUGAUUGACAAAUGGGGUAAAGACACAUUUAAGGACCAUGCAAAGAUAAAUAUCCGUCUGCACAACUGUCCUGAAUUGUUUAUCUCUUUGAAGAACUUAAAAGCAGCUUAUAUUGAUAGGUUGGUAUCCGUGCGUGGUACUGUUGUAAAAGUAAGCAAUGUGAGGCCUCUAGUGGUACUAAUGGAAUUUUCCUGCACCAAGUGUCGAACCGACAUUACACAAAACUUUCCUGAUGGAAAAUUUACCCCACCUACUAAAUGCAAAAUGCCUGGCUGUAAGAGCAGAACUUUUAGUCCGAAUAGAUCUACUGCUCAACUCUUGGACUUCCAGAAAAUAAGACUUCAGGAGCUGCUGAAGUCUGAACAUCAUGAAGAAGGUCGGGUGCCUCGAACCGUAGAAUGUGAACUGACUGAGGAUCUUGUAGAUGCAUGCAUCCCUGGAGAUGUGGUUACAGUUACCGGUAUUAUAAGAGUGAUAAAUAAUUACAUGGAUAUUGGAGGAGGAAAAUCGAAAAGCAAGAACCAAGGGUUAUACUAUUUGUACCUGGAAGUAGUUUCUAUCAAGAAUUCUAAGUCCCAAUCUCAACCAGAGGAUUUACAAGACGGAGAUGCUGAUGCUAGAGCUACAGAACUGUUUGAUUUAUUUACAUUUUCUCAAAAUGAUUUGGAAUUUGUGGUCGAGUACUCAGGGAAAAACGGUUCUGACGUCUUCCGUCAAAUACUUCAAUCUAUUUGUCCCUCCAUCUAUGGACAUGAACUUGUUAAAGCUGGACUUACGCUGGCAUUGUUUGGAGGGGUGCGAAAGCAUUCAAUGGAUCAGAACAAGGUCCCUGUUAGAGGAGACAUCCAUGUCAUAAUUGUUGGUGAUCCUGGAUUGGGUAAGAGCCAACUGCUGCAAGCAGCAGCAGCUGUUUCUCCACGUGGCAUUUAUGUAUGUGGCAAUGCCACUACAAAUGCUGGCCUCACUGUGGCUGUGGUGAAGGAUACCAUGACAAGUGGCUACGCUUUUGAGGCUGGUGCCAUGGUACUUGCUGAUCGCGGACUAUGCUGUAUUGACGAGUUUGAUAAAAUGACUGCACAACACCAGGCUCUACUGGAAGCUAUGGAGCAACAGUGUGUAUCUGUUGCAAAGGCUGGAUUGGUGGCAAGUCUGUCAGCUCGAACUUCUGUUUUAGCAGCAGCAAACCCAGUUGGCGGUCAUUAUAACCGUGCGAAAACUGUCAAUGAAAAUUUGAAAAUGAGUGCUGCUCUACUCUCACGAUUUGAUUUGGUUUUCAUAUUACUUGAUAAACCUGAUGAGUUGCUGGACAAGAGGGUCUCCGAGCACAUUAUGUCUCUUCAUGCGGGAUCUGGAGAACAUUCACCAGCUGCAAAAAAGCUACGUACAGCAUCACUGACCGCUCGAGACGUAGAAACGAGUACAAAAACUGAUUCUUUAGUUUCAAGAUUGAGACUUGACCCGAAGAAGGAUGCUGAUUUUGUUCCUUUACAUGGCUCGCUUCUUCGGAAAUAUAUUGCUUAUGCAAGAACUUUCAUCUUUCCAAGGAUGUCAAAACCCGCAGCCGAAAUCCUACAGAAGUUUUACUUAAAAUUGAGAGACAAUAACACAUCUGCUGAUGGCACACCGAUAACGGCAAGGCAGCUAGAAAGUCUAGUAAGGCUGGCGGAAGCUCGAGCUAGACUGGAGUUAAGAGAAGAAAUAACUGGCCAAGAUGCUUUGGAUGUUGUUGAAAUAAUGGAAGAAUCCUUGUACGAUAAGUACGUCGACGAGCAUGGUUGUGUGGACUUUGGGCGGAGCGGUGGAAUGAGUCAACAGAAGGAAGCAAAACGAUUUCUAAGUGCUCUGAAUGCACAAUCAGAGUUGCUGCAAAAAGAUUACUUUUCCAUUUCUGAAAUAUACAGUUUGGCAGAUAGGAUUGGCUUAAGAGUUCCAGACAUAGACAUAUUUGUGGAUAAUCUAAACAGUGUUGGUUUUCUCCUAAAGAAGGGGCCAAAGACUUAUCAGGUGCCAUCAUCAUCUUAUUCACGGAGUCAGUCGUCAAGGUCAAGGGGCUAAGUUUUGCAUCAUUAUCUUAUUCACGAAGUCAGUUGUCAGGGUGAAGAGGCUAGUUUUGCAGCAUCUGAGAACAGGUCAAAUUUCAUCUGUAUAGUUUCUCUCCUUCCUUUACCAUGGGUAAAAUACUGCAGAUGUAAAGCAUAUAUGUUUCCUUUUUGCAAAAAAUUUCAUGUUAGCAGAUUUCAACUUCCAUUUUCGCAGAGUACCUAUAGAGUCCUCAAUACUUUCUCUCUUC